AUGCCACCAAAGCCAGCCGCCAAGCAAGAUGCUGAAGAGGAUUUCGAUCCAUCAUUAUAUUUGGAGAAUCGUACCAAGCAAUUGAACGAAUUACAAACCACUGGAUUCAAUCCAUGGCCACACAAGUUUGAAGUGACCCGUUCAAACCCAGAGUUUAAGAAGGAGUUUGAACACUUGACCGUCGAGGACAAGUGCGAGACUGUUGUCACCAUUGCCGGUCGUGUCAAGAACAAGAGAGCUGCCGGUAACGCUUUGUUCUUUUACGACGUUGACAACAAUGGCGUAUCAUUGCAAUUGUUGGUCAACAAGAAGGAAUACACCUCGGUCGAAGAGUUUACCAAGAUCAACUCGAUCCUCCGUCGUGGAGAUAUCAUUGGUGCCAAGGGCAAGCCCGGUCGUUCCAAGACUGGCGAACUCUCAUUGUUUGUGUCAGAGAUGUUCCUCCUCUCGCCAUGUCUCCACAUGUUGCCACGUGUCGCUCUCACCGACCAAGAGACCCGUUUCCGUCAACGUUACCUCGACAUGAUCAUCAACGACAAUGUCAAGCGUAACUUUGUCAUCCGUUCCAAGGUCAUCCAAGGUGUGCGUCGUUAUCUCGACAACCUCGGUUUCGUCGAGGUCGAGACCCCCAUGCUCAACAUGAUUGCCGGAGGUGCCGCCGCCAAGCCCUUCAAGACCCACCACAACGCCCUCUCCAAGGACAUGUUUAUGCGUAUUGCCCCAGAGCUCUACCUCAAGCAAUUGGUCGUCGGAGGUAUGGACCGUGUCUACGAAAUCGGAAAGCAGUUCCGUAACGAAGACAUUGAUCACACCCACAACCCAGAGUUCACCACCUGCGAGUUUUACAUGGCCUAUGUCGACUACAACGACCUCAUGACCAUGACCGAAGACAUGCUCAGCGGUAUUGUCCGUGACAUUCACGGCACCAACAAGCUCAAGUACCAUCCAAAGGGUACCGACUCGGAACCAAUCGAGAUUGAUUUCUCCACCCCAUGGAGACGUAUCGAUAUGAUUCCCGAACUCGAAAAGUGUCUCGACGCCAAGAUCCCAACCCCCUACAACUCUGAAGAGUGUCGUCUCUUCCUCAUCGAGCAAUGCAAGAAGCACAACGUCGACUGCUCGCCACCACAAACCACCGCCCGUCUCCUCGACAAGCUCGUCGGUGAGUUCCUCGAGAGCCAAUGCACCAACCCAGCCUUUAUCAUCAACCAUCCAGAAAUCAUGUCGCCACUCUCCAAGUACCAUCGUACCAUCCCAGGUUUGACCGAACGUUUCGAAUUGUUUAUCAACCAACGUGAAGCUUGCAAUGCCUACACUGAACUCAACAAUCCAUUUGUCCAAAUCGAACGUUUCGAAGAACAAGCCAAGGCAAAGGCUAUGGGUGACGAUGAAGCUCAACUCAUCGACACUGUCUUUACCACCUCUCUUCAAUAUGGUCUCCCACCAACUGGUGGUUGGGGUCUCGGUGUUGAUAGAUUCGUCAUGUUACUCUCUGAUACUUAUAACAUCAAGGAAGUUAUCCUUUUCCCUGCUAUGAAGUAA